CAUUAAUACCGGCAAACUGUCAGCCGGCUGCUCAGUUCAUUGGGUGCUGCCAGUCGUGGAAAUUUAAGGAGGAAAUAGUUUGUUGUAAUCUGUUUUUUCUACUUUUCUACAUGCACUUUUAAAAGCGAGCAUAGAUGUCAUCGCACAGCAUGCUUAUCUCUGGAAGCUCCCGAUUGAAAUGGACGGACGCAUUUCUUUACUUGGGUCUUUUCAUGCAGUCAGCUGUUUGGGAAACGACAGAGGCCAUCCACCCAGAUUGUGCUCUGGUUGUUCAACACAUGAAGGCUGAGGAAGAAUGUUAUCAGAUCCUCGAGCAGGAGGAGAAUAACCACUCUGCUAAGACAGGCUGUCCAACAGUUUGGGACAACCUUCAGUGCUGGUAUCAUGCUGAGGUGGGACAGGUGGUCAAUAUCUCAUGUGCCUCUGGCAUCUGGCAGCUUUUGCCUAAUAACCAAGGUUACAUCUAUAGGAACUGCACUGAGAAAGGAUGGUCGGACUUCUACCCAUCCUAUGAAGAGGCCUGUAAGAUUCCAGAGGAUGAAGAAACCGAACCAGAGACAACAUAUUUCUCCAACUUCAAACAGGUGUACACUGCUGGCUACGCUACCUCCCUCAUCUCUCUUAUAUCAGCUAUUUUUGUCUUCACUGUCUUCAGGAAAUUUCACUGCACCAGGAACUACAUCCACAUGAACUUGUUCUUCUCAUUCAUCCUGAGAGCGAGUGCUGUCUUUAUCAAAGACGCUAUCCUUUUUUCUGAUGAAAACAUGGACCACUGCUUUAUGUCUACACGAUCCUGUAAAUCAGCCGUGGCCUUCUUCCAGUUCAGUAUCCUGGCUAACUACUUCUGGCUCCUGGUGGAGGGCAUGUACCUGCAGACACUGCUCACUCUCACAUUUGUCUUCCAGAAGAAAUACUUCUGGUGGUACAUACUUAUUGGCUGGGGUCUCCCGACGGUAAUCAUAACAGCUUGGAUUCUAACUCGAAACUUCUACGACAACAGGGGGUGCUGGGAUGACACAGAUGUGGCCUUCAUCUGGUGGAUCAUAAAAGCUCCAAUAACUGCAUCACUACUGGUGAACUUCGUGAUCUUCAUCAACGUAAUCCGUAUUCUGGUCCAGAAGCUUAGGUCUCCUGGUGUUGGUGGCAAUGAUACCAGUCACUUCAAGAGGCUGGCCAAGUCCACUCUGCUGCUCAUCCCACUAUUCGGGAUGCAUUACAUGGUGUUUGCCUUCCUGCCAGAAAACACAGGGACAGAGGCACGCAUCUUCAUAGAGCUCGGCGUGGGUUCCUUCCAGGGUUUUGUGGUGGCACUGCUCUACUGUUUCUUGAAUGGUGAGGUGCAGGCUGAGCUCAAGAAGAGGUUUUGGAAGUGGCAGACUCAGAGUUACCUGAGCUACAGUAAACGACGGCGCACCCUAUUCACUGAAAGCAGCACAAUCACUCAGAUAUCUGUCCUGGACAAAUCCAGCCCAAAAGAUCGGCCAGGCUCUGAGACACGCGCCCUCACCAACACCGUCACACACAGCAACGUGUCGGCUGUGUGAAAAACAGCCGACAGCACCAGUAGUUGUGUCCUUUUCUACACCUGCCUGGUUAGCAGAGACUAAACCACAGAGCCUGAUUGUUGAACGUUUGAGGUACCUCCUAAUUUGUAUGCUACAUUUUUUGUUUUUAGAAGUGUGGGACUUGUAGGCUUACCGUACACUAAGUCUAAUUUGAGUUCAGCUCAUUAAUUCAUAACAUCCUACACAUCUUUCACAUUUAACUUUUCUCCAUGAUGACACUAGAUAUCAUGUUGGCAGAACAAGAGGUCAUUUUUUUUUACAUUUUCUUUUUAUGCUCCGGGGCCCCUCCUCCACAUCUUACUCACAACCACCAAUUUUUUUUCUCGCCUUGUUUAUCACAAAACCAAGUCUUGAACUGCUCAGUUUUGUGGGUGAAUGUUUUAGUAUUUUGCUUAUUAUUUUCUUCCAACCUGCUCUUUAAAGGAAAUGGGCAAAAACAAAAUGCAUAUGUCUUCAUUGUUGCGUCAAGCAGGCACAAGACAGACAGUUUUAAAUGUAUAAUUACAGGUGAAUCAAUUUUAAACCUUUCUAAAAUUCUGAAAAUUGUAUCACCCCUUUUCGUUUAGUCUUUAGUGGUUGUGCAGUAUUGAUAAAUCUAUUUAUUGAUUAGAAAACAUGAAUUAAACUGAACCUGUUAUGCUCAUUUCUAGCUCCAUAAUUUUAUAUUUGGACAAUACUAGAAUAGCUUUGCAUGACAGUUCAAAAUAAUCCUUAUUGUCAUAUACUGGGCUUUAGUGCUGUCCAUCCACUGUUUGAAACAAACUCCUUCCUCCUUUUAUCUGAUUGGCUCUCCCCUAACAGCAGAUGAUCAUAUUCGGGAGAUCUCCUCUCUCUUAUGUUGUAGAUUCCUUCUUCAGCCAGUGACCUCGUUAUUAAAAGCUUUCGUUAUUAUGACCAUUCAACACUGUAACAGUUUAGUAUAUGAAAAAAAAGGAAAAGCAGAAUAUGUCUAAAAUAAAACAGAUAUAUAGAGCAUACAUAGUUUUUAAAACAGGUUAUUGAAAGACAGAAAAGAAGAUGAAAACAGGGUGAGGAUGAAACGACCAUGUACUUUUUACUAAAUAUUCUUCUGUUUGCUAAUUCUAAUGUGAGCACAGCUCAUAAAUGAGUUUUCUUUGUCAGUCACCAGACUUUACCAAAGCCCUGUAGAUACAAUAGUUAGUUUUUAAAUCACUGCUGAAGUAAACAAUAACACGUGUUAUUGGUGGACAUAGCUUUGGGGUAUAAAAAGUGAUGCCAGUGCAAAAGUGCCUUACAUUUGCUUUUUUUCAUGGCCAGUAGGGGGCAACUCCUCUGGUUGCAAAAAGACCUGUGUUGAAGUCAAUGAGAAAAUGACGCUUAAUUCAGUUCAAUUCAGUUUUAUUUAUCACCUUAAGGUGGUCAAUAUAUUUUAAUGUAGACCUUACAUAAUAAAUAAAUUAGCUCCCUCUUGGGGCACUUUAUGCACUGACUCAGUAGUUUCAGCUCACAAUGACUAAAAUAUGAAGUUAAUUUUGUUCAAGUUUGAGUUAGUCAUUGUUAGCGUCAGAAAAAAGACUUAUUCUGGAAGCGGCUUGUCAGUCACUGAUAUCCUUGAUUUCAUUUCUGAGCCGCUCCUAAGUCGUCAGCGAAACACCAAGAUGGCAACAGUAAAAUUGCUCAACUCGAAGCUUAACAGGACUUCAGUAACCAUCGGGUGAUGUUGUGGUGGCUGUGUACAUGUCUUAUAUACAGUCUGUGGUGAUGACAGAUAAAGUAAGAGACACAAAGGGUUUCUAUAUUGAAGUACAGCCUGAAAUUAUUUUAAAAAGUGGUAAUUUAUUUAUUAUGUUUAAAUACAAUAAGCCAGCAUGCAACACUGCUGUUCCCCAAUGUUCCCUAAUGUUCCCAUCACAAUCGUACAAGGAUACAUACAUUCAAAUUUUAUUAAGACUUAAAACACUGGCCACUUCCUCAGAAGACAUUAGGCAGCUGUUCAGAUUUUUCAUUUUGAUUUAAGCUAUCCAACAAUAAUCAUCACAUUGAAAUUUAGAUGUAACUUAGGAACCAGACUAGCAAGCUAGCACUGAUAGUAGCUGAUAACAGAGCUCUGGCUAAUGUCGGAGUCUUUUUCUUGGCAGUAAAAAACACUUGCUCCAUCAGCAGCUUCCUGUUCCAUAGCCAGAUGGCAUAACCAGUUAUAUUUGCUGUUACACAUGACAUAGUGAGCGGUGCUGCUUGUAAAAAUGAAAACUCUGGAGAUAUGUUCACAAAAGACACUACUCUAGUUGCAGACACUUUUGAUACGACUAUAGACCUGAGGCUACUUUUUCAUGUACUUAAUACAAACAAAGAGUUCAGAUCAGAAAGAGGACCUAAACAUGUGUUCCCUAAAAAAUUAAUGUAAGCAGGUUUUGUAGGGGUACUAUUUUUCAGUCUCAAAAUUAUUCAAAAAAUUUCUUUUGAAUACAACAUAGAUCCUCAAACAGAUGAUUUCGUUUUUUGGGGGUUUUUUUUAGGUACCUUCAACUUAAAUUAUAUCUGUGAUUGAUCAGGAUGUAAAAGACAAAGCCGAAAAGGUCCCACAUACAUGUUCACUGUGGCAUUUAAGAACUCUAGUGAACAGUGAUUAAUGGUAUCUCGAACGUUGGGUAUUGUAUUGUAAUCAAGUUUCAGAGAGACACGUUUAUACACACACAUUGCACAGUGCACUUGUGCACAUCUGGAGCACUACACUGUAAAAUCUAUUUAUUGUGAAAUUAUUGUUUUAAUGUCUCUGUGUGAAUGUAAAUAGACUUCAAAUAGAGUUUACAUAUAUUUUACAAUCUUGCAGUUUGACUUACAGAUUUCUAUAACCACCACAGUAAAUGGCCUUCUUACCAUAGUAAAUGAAAGAUAGUUAAAAUGUUUAAAAUUUAAAAUUCCCAAGUUGGUGUUUAAUUCAGUUCAAUUCAGUUUUAUUUAUACAGCACCAAAUCACAACAGUCGCCUCAAGGCGCUUUAUAUUGUAAGGUAGACCCUACAAAUACAUACAGUUUACAUUCCCCAUUUUUUGUAUCAUACUGUACAUACAUGUAACUUACUUUUAUUCUUAUAUACUGUAAUAUUACAAAACGUUGAAAAUGAAAAAGAAGUGUUUGUGUACAUGUUCCUAUUUAUUAGCAUAGGUUCAGAUAAGUCUAUUUACCAAUUACUAAGCUAAUGCUAAUGCCAACACUGAUCUAGAACCUCUUUCCUCUAAUAAAGAAUUUUGAUUGAUA